AUCCACCUUACUCCCUCCAGCUCUCAGCUCUCCCUUCGCCGCCGCCGGGUACUCGGCGCUCCAUCCAGGCACUCCAGCCACCCCCACCCCUUCCUCCGCCGCCGGGUACUCGGCGCUCCAUCCAGGCGUCCCCGCCCCGCGGCCGCCUGCUACUCGUUCGGGCGCUCCAUCCAGCGUUCUCCCUCCAGCUCCAGUCUCCGGCGCGAUGAAGAUCGCGGUGGAGGGGUGCAUGCAUGGGGAGCUGGACAUAGUCUAUGACACGCUGCGAAGGCUCGAGGAGGCCGAGGGCGUCAAGAUUGACCUCCUCCUCUGCUGCGGCGAUUUCCAGGCUGUUAGGAAUGAGAACGAUUUACAGUGUGUUAGCGUUCCACAAAAGUAUCGUACCAUGAACACAUUUUGGAAGUACUACUCAGGAGAAGCAGUUGCUCCGUACCCAACCAUCUUUAUUGGUGGAAACCACGAAGCAUCCAAUUAUCUGUGGGAAUUGUACUAUGGAGGAUGGGCAGCACCUAACAUAUACUUUUUGGGGUUUGCUGGUGUUGUUAAGUUUGGAAACAUACGAAUUGGUGGAUUGUCAGGAAUACAUAACAAACACCAUUAUCAUUUAGGACACUAUGAGAGGCCUCCAUACAAUAAAGAUACUAUACGGUCUGUGUACCAUGUAAGGCAUUAUGAUGUUCUCAAGCUCAUGCAUUUGAAGGAGCCGCUAGAUGUAUUCUUGUCACAUGAUUGGCCUCUGGGCAUUACCGAGUAUGGAAACUGGCAGAAGCUCAUUAGUGUGAAGAAGAACUUUGAAGAUGAGGUUAACAAUAGAACACUAGGCAGCAAACCUGCAGCUGAAUUACUGAACAAGCUAAAACCACCAUACUGGUUUUCGGCGCACCUUCACUGUAAGUUUCCUGCUGUUAUCCAGCAUGGCAAGAAUGGACCUACAACGAAGUUUCUUGCACUUGAUAAGUGCAUUCCUGGGCGCAAUUUUUUGCAGGUUAUAGACAUUCCAUCCAAUCCAGGACCAUAUGAAAUCCAGUAUGAUGAAGAAUGGCUUGCAAUAACACGAAAAUUCAACAGUGUUUUCCCUUUAGCACGGACACAGUUUACUAUGCGGGAUGAGCAGCUCGACACUCAAGAAGACCGGCAAUGGGUCAGGAGCAAGUUGAAUACUAGAGGAGCUAAGCCUUUUGAUUUUGUUCAGACUGCACCAUCUUUCAAUCCUUCCAGUACAACAUCUAAACAGUCCAUAACAGUUUGCUGCAGGAAUCCACAAACUGAGUCUUUUCUUCAGCUUCUGGAACUCCCAUAUCUGCUGGACUCAUCUAAAUCUGAGAUGUUUGGUAGAAAUGAGUCAACUUCUCAGACAGGAAACACACUUGAUAAUGAAGAUAUAGAGCUACCAGAUGAAGAUGAGGAUGCUUUAGAAGAUGACGAGUGAAGGACAGCACUUUUAGACAAGUACCAUUGCACCUAUCAUGUUGGUUGCAGGGUUUGCGAUAGAUUUCAUUGUCUUUUGUAGAUUGCAAUCUAUAUAUCUAGACGAGGAACUAACAUGUACUAGAUUGUAUUGUCAUAGCUGCUUUUUUGUUGGA